AUGAGUUUCGAUAUUCCCACCGUCGCCGAAAUCCAGCUCGCUGCGGAGAGCGGGCAGCGUAUCACACAAGACGAUGUUUCAGCAAUCUCGCAAGCUGAGAGUACGCUAACUGGAAAUGGACCUGCUCGAGGUGGACCAGCUGCUACCGCCCAAAGUCUAUACAUGCGGCAAAUGAACUUUGAAAACAAGGUCAAUGAGGUUUCUCGGAAACCAUCAAGCUCAAUUUCGGUCGCAGACGCAGAUGAAAUCCAAGCAACGGAGGGACGAGCAUUUAAUCAACCGCUCAGAAUCGGCCUCAUUACUGCCCAGGUCCGGUCAAUCGCCGACAGCAAUGAGGCAUUGGGGCUUACUGCUCGCGCUGAUGUGCCCGUUUAUGUCACAAAGGAUGAUGCACGAAAUGCGCAGCAUGCCGAAGCUGCUAUCUAUGGAGGCCAAAACCCCCGGGGUGGCCAGGCGGCACAGAUGCAGAGUGUAGCAGACAAGAUUGACCACGUUCGGCGGGUUAGUUACUAG